UGAGUGCACGUGUGUCUCGCGCGGUCCUGCCUCAGAGGCCGUGGCAUCGCUACCUGCUGCCUGGAUUUCAUAUCGCUCCUUAGUUUAAUUCAGAAGCAUUGGAGAGCUUUACGAUUGGCGGUAUUAUAUCCCACAGUGUAUUGGAUAAUUGUAAAUCCUUUGGGUGAUUAUGGGAGAUUGAUAACUGGUUUCUUGGUGUAUUUGUAAGCAUGUGAUCUGAUUUUAUCACGUGGUUAUCUUUUGGACAACGACGGAUGAUACGAAUCGAUUCGGUACAUCCAUAACAUGUGUACCGCGUCAGCGUAGGAGCAUCCACGAUCCACCCUCACUACAAGGUGUCCAACCAUUGCAGUUGCUAUUGACACCAGAUGUGGCUGGUCCUUAAGAACCCACUAGACGGAAGCUGACAUGGCACCUAAACGGAAGUAAAAAGCAUACACAGUAACACCAGGCAAAACUGGGCAGAGUGUAUCAAGUGAUGGACUCUGAAUGACAGUCACUGCUUGAGUGUGAGUGGUAAAAAUAAAGAGAGAAAGAAAAGUGAAAAUACAUUGAAGUGAAGCAGGAGAAAAAUAAGAAGAGGUUAAGUAUGACGCCUACCGGAUCGUUACUGGUAUGCGCACUGUGGAUGGCCAGCCUCUGGUCCUGCUCUACGUCUGACCAGGAGGGAGCCCGAUGGACGAGCAGCAACAAGCUUGGCCCUGGGGAGGUCAAUGCUAAGGUGCCAAGUGAAAGGUUCGUCACGCAGAAUAACAGUGUCGUCACUGGUCAAGUCGGGGCCUCGGUUGUCCUGCACUGCAAAACCUCCAGUGCCACAGGAGGGUUGGUUUCGUGGAUAAGGAAGCGUGACUACCAGCUGUUAACGGUGGGGCUCCAGACUCAUUCCAGCGACGACAGGUUUACUAUUAACUACGUGCAUUGGGACUGGCAGCUCCACAUUCGCUUCGUGCAGCCGAGGGACGCCGGUGCCUACGAGUGCCAGGUGUCGUCUCACCCGCCCACAUCCCUCUUCGUUCACCUUGAAGUUGUCGAGGCAGAAUCCGAAAUCUUGGGCGCCCCGGAGAAGCACGUGAAGCUGGGCUCCAUCCUCCGCCUGGUGUGUAUUAUGCAUCACACCACCGAGCCGCUGUCCUACGUGUUCUGGUACCGAGGCACUGAGAUGAUCAACUACGAGUCUGAAGAAGGAACUGGGAGCGUAGUGGUGGAGAGCGACGACCACACUAGCGUGCUGAUGGUGACGCGAGCCAGCCGACACCACUCCGGAAACUACACCUGCGCCCCGUCCAACGCAAAGCCCACCUCGAUCCUUGUCCAUAUCCUUAAUGGAGAAUACCCCGCGGCAAUGCAGCACGGCGUGUCUUCGUGCAUGUCCCCUCCCUCCCUGGCGACCGUGGCACUCGUGGCACUGCUCGCUCAGAUGACAGCAGCCUUGACGCUGACCUUGCACCUGCCGUUGUCGUCUCCGAGGCAGCAUCUAGACUCCACGCGCACCUCUCUUCAUAAAACGGAGGCCAGGACCUCGGCCGAGCGAUGGGAGGAGUCGUUAAGACCUUCCGAUGCCCAGGGAGGGCCACGCGGGCGGGGUGGCACUGGCAACAGCUUACUUGCCACGCCUACACAAUGCGAACUUUCAUAGUGGAUAAACCAGUGUUGCCAACCUUGAAAUGACUGUCCUUUAUAAGGUGGAGUGUGAAGUAUUUUAUCUCGUUGUGCGCACGGUGAGCACAUUUUCUCUGCCCUGCGAGAAAUAACAGACUUCCAGUCCUUUGUGAAUGGACAUUAUCAUGUUUUAUACUAAGGGUUAAUUACAGCAUAUGAUAUUUAACUUUUAAACCCGGGUCCAUGAUGUCAGAAAGAGAAUAUAGUGACUACAUAUGUUUAUGACUUGUACGACAGUUUUCUCUCCGUAAAUAUGCACAUAUGUUUACUUCGAUCCCAGCCUUGCGUACAGAUUGAUGAUGUGUAAAGGUACAGUAGAUUCGAAUGAUGAUCGGCCUUAAAGUGUAUUUGGAUUCGUGCUAGUAGGAAAUAUAGAAAUAUACCAUUUUAUUGAUAAUAGUCCUUUUACAGCCAAACUGAAUCUGGCAGGUAGAUGUUACUUCAUAACAUGCAAUGUUUGUAAUACCUAACUAAAAUACAAAUUGCUAUAUUCAUUUUGUAAUAAAACGUUAGAUAAAUAGAAGUUUUAUUAAAUAAUACAGGUACUUUGACGGCGAUACAUUUGAAUGUUUCUGUUCAGUAUGUAUCAGAAACAAGAAUGUAGUAUGCAAGAAUGUUUGUAUGAAUAACCAUGUAUAUAUACAUAUAAAUAGGACCGUGAGAGUAUGCAAGUGUACAGAAAUAUUUACGUGUGGCGGUUGUAUGCACGGUGGGACGAGAGAGCAGUGGCGUGGAAGUUCGCGCUCAUAUUUUAUACUCAGAAAAUACCUACAGAAGAUUGCCGUAUAAAGUCUGAACAUGUAGAGGAAAAUAGAAAUACAAACCCGGGUUUAAAAGCUGUCUCAUGAAGUAUUUCAUAGGAGCAUAUACAUAUUUGUAAAUAUAUGAACAGCUGAGUUGUGUUUAAGUAUGACUGAACACAGAUUUCUUUGACUAGAAUAUUUGUAUCAGAUUCGGUAGUGAACGAGUAUAAGGUGGUGUUAUACACUUCCCGCUUUGAGAACAUAGGAAUUUCACACAAGGAAAAUAACACAAUAAAAAAAAAAAACGUAAGCAGUCACACGAACAAAUUUACGCGAAAUAAACACGAACAAUUUCCCCACACAUAUAAAAGGAAUAGGCAGGAACGUAAAUAGUAUUUGUGUCCUGCAUAUCCAAUGCACAUAAAAAAAAACUACGUGUGGGAAGUAAGAACGAUAAAUGUGGAUUAUUGUUUUAGCUUGGUAUGCUUUACGAAAAUUAAUCAUAUUGAUAAAUCUCUUUAUUUAAUUCACACAUCUACAUUAUACCGUUGAAUAUCCUUUCGUAUUUUUAUGUUUGUGUACGUAUUUGUGUUGAUCCAGCAGCUGCUAAACUGGAACAAAAAGAAAAAUAAUAACAGUUCUAUUCGUAUAAUAUUCCUCAGCAUCUCUACACUAACAUUAGUCUUCGAGUCUGCAUUUCCAUAUACACAUAUUCACUGACUCACAAAUCCUCACAUUCAUGCACAUUCAGAACAAGUAAACGCAGAUACAACAGACACAUCUAAAUAAGAAUAUACAAAUCACAUAUAAAUACACAAACAAACUAAUCGAUUAUUCAGUAUGAAUAAGACAACAUCAGUCGGCUGCUUGGAUGUCGGGACAUACAUUUCUUUGUGAAAUAUUUAUGUUGCGAGCUAAAAGAUACCGUAGCAAAGAAAGAGACGGAAAAAGAGUGAAAAAUGGCCCAUUCCCUGUGCGUUCUGGGUAGCCUCCAUAAAUAACUUGUCUCAAGCAGAAACCAUCUGUUUCGAUACUGCCAGGGAGAUUAUCUUAUACCCAGUAGCUGUUUAUCUCAUAAGGUUACAUUCUAGCGUUGUUACAUUGCACCUAUAUCAAUUCUUAACGAGUCUCCCCUAUUGGUCAUCUCGGACCCGUUGUUUGUAAGAUUAGAGAUCUUUUUAUAUAUAUUUUUUUUCUGGUGAUCUACUUUCCUUUUAAAAAUGAAAAGGUGUACAUUCCUCACACCGUCAUAUCCGUAUAGACGUUCGUAGUCUCUUGUUUUUCACUAAAUAAUUUAUUUAUUUUCCGCUUUCAUUGAUCUUGAAAAGUGAACGCAUUUAGUGAUACGUCAAUAAUAUAUAUAUAUUUUUUUUAUGUUAAACCAAUCAUAAAUACUCCCCAAAAAAGAAAAGCUUGCGACCUUUUCCUUUCCAAAACUGCGAUGCUUCAGGAAUACACUGUUAGUGUAUUACCUAUAAUAUUGCUGAUUUUAAUUAGACACAAUAUUGUUUAAAUAUGUUACUCAUUUUAUUCUAUACUUUUCAGAUUUAGAUUAUCAGAUAUUCAGAUGAAGGUACACUAAUCAUUCUUCUUUUAUACAUAUUUGAUUUAUAUUGUAAAUACUUUAUUCCUUCAAUUAUUUACUUUUAAUCACAUAAACUUACAUAAUAAAAAAGCUUUCCUAGAACAUGCUCACUGUAAUUUCUCCCAGUUCUCAACUUUUCUCGUUUUAUUUUUCCAAUACCCGCUGUUCAGAUUCUACGAAUUACAUCCACCUCCUCUAUUUUUUUUUUUUAAUCAUACUACAGAGAAGUAUUUUUUUUUAAGUUUAAGUUUUCACUGAUAUUUUUUCUUACAGCUUUUUAACAGCAUUUUACUUUGCCAUUCCGUCAAUAAAGGAACCUUCUUCAAGAUUAUAACUCUGCGAUUUAAUAUGUUACUGUGGUCUGUUCAAGAGGUAGCCAUGGUUACCCGAUACAGGUCUAAUUUGUACUGACUUCCCAUAAUGUAUAUGUUAUGUGUUCCUUGAAUGUUGAUCUAUAUGUGAAAUGUGAUAAUAUAUCUGUGGAUAUUUAUGUACGUAAAUAAAAUUAUAUUUUACA